AUGGAGCCCGUCUCCCUCGCCGACAGCUCCAACUGCUUCCGAGAGCAUCCGACGGUCGCAGUCAUACCGUACGGCCGGGGGCGGAGGCGGAGGCUGCCACGUCGGGAAGAGCCUCUUGGGCGCGUGAGCACAGGCAAGGGUUCCGAUGCUCCGACAAGCCAGACUACGAAGGGUGGCAGCGCUGUUGGCAACAGCAUCAGCAGAAGUGGAGACGUGGAAGCUCCAUCGCCGUCCAAAUCGUCCGCCAUAGGCAUAGGCAAGAACGGUGCGUCGAAGAAGAAGCACAAGAAGGACAAGAAGAGCAAGAAGGAAAAGAAGAGCAAGAAGAGCAAGACGAGCAAGGAAGCGGACAAAGGAAGGCGUAGCGGUGGGGAUGAGGAAGGCUCGCCGUCGCCACGCCGCUACGAGCACGGACGGCGAAAGCACCCUGCCGUCGCCACUGCCGACAGCGGACCUCCUAAACCGAGCGAGAGACGUACUCGUAGCGAUGAUUUCACCUCCGCACCUGCGGCGGCGAAGUCGUCCAAGCCACCCAAGUCGUCCAAGUCGUUAUCCGCUGUGCCGUCAGCAGCAACAACAUCAUCGUCUUCUACGCCGUCCACCUCCUCUGCUGGGAAGGAGAAGAAAGCCUCCACGGGAAAGAAGUCCAAACGGCAGGCGGUCCCGGCGUCCCUGCUCAGUUUCGAGGACGAGGGAAAGGAUGGAGGGGGAGCUGAAUUCCAGGGCCUAGGGGCGGCCACCCUCAACGAGUUCAAGCGGAGUCACAAGAAAUCGCAGACGGAAAGCGUGGCGGCCACAGCUGCCGCCGCCGCCGCCGCCACUGCUGUUGCUUCCGCGGGUGAUUCGACGGAGGAAGCCCUGCCCGUGACCGCGCGGCUCGGGUUGCUCUUGGAAAAGAAGAGGGACGCAGAGCUUGGGCCUUCGAAGAUCAGCACGGCGGAGUCUCGGGGCGAGAGAGAGUACCAGGAGGACAGGCACACAGUUGUGCAAUGCUUGCACGCCCCGGAUGAUGCCCACACCAAGUUCGACGCGUGUCCCCCCUGUUUCUUUGCGGUCUUCGACGGCCACAACGGAGAUCUCGCGGCCGACAUCGCCAGGAGCAAGCUCCACACGUACGUGGCCAAAGCUGCCCCAACCACGGGACUUCGUGGGGAGCCAACGGAACGCCUGGAGGGCCUCUUGCGUGCGGGGUUUGCCAGCACGGAGGCCGAGAUCCUGAAGGAGACCGAGGAGACCAAGGACGAUGACGAGGAUGACGGUACCGGUGGCGGAAACGGCAACAGCAGGCAGGAUGGGACGACGGUAACGGCGUGCUUGCUGGUGGGGAACUUUCUGGUGACGGCCAACGUCGGGGACAGCCGUGCGGUGCUGGGAAGUGUGGGACACGAGGGGAAACUGCGGUGCAAGAACAUUUCGGUCGAUCACAAGCCGGAAGACCCCCAUGAAAAGCGGCGAAUUAAGGCUGCAGGAGGGGAAGUCGUCUUCAAUGGAUGCUACAGAGUCCAACACGAGAACGUAAGUUGUCGUUUGGCGGUAUCGCGGUCCCUCGGAGAUAGACAAUUCAAGGGGCAAGGUGGACAGCCGCCGGGCAGCCAGGUGCCGCCGCCGCCCGACAUGCACGGUCAGCUGGUGUCGCCCGAGCCAUCCGUGAAGAGCGUGAAGCUUGAGCAGCACGAUCGCGUGGUCAUCGUGGCGUCAGGCAAGGAUUUUGGUCAAGAUGGUCUCUGGGACGUGAUGACCGGCCUAGAGGCUGUCGAGAUCGCCAUCGCGGCCCACGGGAAAGCUCCAACCACCACCGGAAGGGCGCCGAGCUGGGCGAACGCCUUGGUCAACGGGGUUGGGGGGGGUAACGCAGAGGCCGACCCAGCCAAUGCGCUUGUGAGGGAGGCGGUGAAAAGGGGCACGUCCGACAACGUCACCGCGGUAGUGACGAUCUUGUCGUGGGACUGA